CUGCCCAGAUGCGAGCUUAGAGCAGCGACUGGGAAGCUGAGGACCUGCUUGCUCGCUGCUCCCAUCCCGCCGCCUCAUCCCGCGCGCUCCACUCCGCUCCCCUCCACCGAGCCGUCCACCCGGCGCCAUGCAUCCCGCGCGCCCCGCGCUCUGGGCGGCUGCGCUCACCGCCCUCACUCUGCUCCGUGGACCGCCGAUGGCUCGGGCCGGCGCGGGCGCGGUGGGCGCGGGCCCCGUGGUGCGCUGCGAACCGUGCGACGCGCGUGCGCUGGCCCAGUGCGCGCCUCCGCCCACCGCGCCCGCGUGCACGGAGCUGGUGCGAGAGCCCGGCUGCGGCUGCUGCCUGACUUGUGCGCUGCGCGAAGGCGACGCGUGCGGCGUCUACACGGAGCGCUGUGGCACCGGCCUCCGCUGCCAGCCGCGGCCCGCAGAGCAGUACCCGCUGAAGGCGCUGCUGAAUGGCCGCGGGUUCUGCGCCAACGCCAGCGCCGCAGGCAGUCUGAGUGCCUACCUCCCCUCCCAACCUGUUCCAGGAAACACAAGUGAGUCCGAGGAGGACCCCAAUGCUGGGAGUGUGGAAAGCCAGGUUGUCCCCAGCACACACCGAGUGACUGAUUCCAAGUUCCAUCCACUCCAUGCCAAGAUGGAUGUCAUCAAAAAAGGCCACGCCAGGGACACCCAGCGCUACAAAGUUGACUAUGAGUCUCAGAGCACAGACACCCAGAACUUCUCCUCCGAGUCGAAGCGGGAGACAGAAUACGGUCCCUGCCGCAGAGAAAUGGAGGACACGCUGAAUCAUCUGAAGUUCCUCAAUGUGCUGAGUCCCAGAGGUGUUCACAUCCCAAACUGUGACAAGAAGGGGUUCUAUAAGAAGAAGCAGUGCCGCCCUUCAAAAGGCAGAAAGCGGGGCUUCUGCUGGUGUGUGGACAAGUAUGGGCAGCCCUUGCCAGGCUAUGACACCAAGGGGAAAGAUGACGUACAUUGCCUCAGCGUGCAGAGCCAGUAGAUACCGCUGUGCCACUUAACGUGGAGCUCAAAUACGCCUUAUUUUGCACAAAAGACUGCCAACAACAUGAUCAGCAGCUGGCUACAGCCUUGAUUUAUAUUUCUUUUUUUUUGUUGUUUAUUGUGGUGAACUGAGUAAAAACAAACAAACAAACACAUAUACACACACAAACCAAAGUUUAGACAGAUUUCUGAAAUGCCUCUGGUCAUUUAAAUAGUGAACUUGAUCAUCUUCCUACUUCCCAGUAGUCAACAAAAAGCAGCUUGAAUUUUCCUGUGGCUUCCUAUGAGAAGCACUCGUGUACUCCAGGCCACGGAUGCCAUCCCCCUAACUCACGUACCCAGUACGGGCUUCAUUGCUGCUGGCCCUCUGCCUUCUUCAUUUCAGACGUUCUGUGGCUGAUGUAGACAAAUCCUCUUUCCAUCCCCUGUAAAUAAGUGCAGGCCCUAUGGAGAACGGGGAAACCCGGAACCGAGUGACCCGGACAUCUGGAAGCAUACUCCUGAGGCUCACGGUCCUUAAGGUGCCAUCUCUGAAUAAGGGCCUGGCCCCGUAUCUGCAAGUGGCCUGAUCUACUUGGGAACUGUGGGAGAGAAUAUGUUGCCUCUCUUACUUAAAAUGACUAAGAAUGUUCUAGGGCACUCUGGGAGCCCAUAAAGACAAGGACAAGGACCUUCCUUUGUCAGGCAGCUUUCUGAUGACUUGGCCCAGCAGAAGGCCUCAAGUGGGAGGAGCAAUAUCAGACUCCACAUUCAGAGAUGUCUCAAGUAAUGGUGCACUUAGUUCUUCAGAUGACUUCAUAAAACAGUGUUUUCUGGUCCAACCUCUCGAAAUAAAGUUUGUUGUGGGUGGGGCUGAGGGGAGGCAGCUUUUCACAAAACAGAAGAUUUCUUUUCAUCUUCCUAUCUAAACGGGGAAGAGGAAUGGCUUGUUAGAGAGCCUGGUAAUACAUGGAGAAUCACCUGUUUGUUGAUCUUGGGGUCCUUCUCAAACUUUCUUUAUAAUUCACGCAUAUAUGCAGACAAAAGUACAUUCUUAAUUGUUAACAUUGUAUACAACAUAGCCCAAAUAUAAUAGAAUCUGUACUAGAUAAUCCUAGAUAGAGUGUUAGAGAUGCUAGGUGGUGUGACCACAGACACACCCAAGGGAAGGAACUUGUGUCUGGAGGCUGGGCUGCUCUCCCCCAGGCUGAGGCCGAGGUCUGGCAACGCAGGGUGCGAGGAGACUGUACUGCAUCCCACGGGGUGGACGUGCGCUGUACAGAGCUUUCCUUGAGAGCACAAAGGAAUCUCAAGACAUUCUGCCUGCCUAUCAGCUUUUCUUUAUUUUUUUAAUUAAGUUUUUUUGGGAAAAAUGUAUUUUUGAAAAGUUUGUCUUGCAAUGUAUUUAUAAAUAGUAAAUAAAGUUUUUAUCAUUUAAAAUAAAA